GUUUAUUAGAUCAUUUGUUUGGUCUCAUAGCAACAGACAAACUACAGUACUUCAAACUGCAGCUACCUUGGCAUUCCGAUUGUUGUUACUGAGGGGCUGUCAGCCUAAAGAGUUCCUUUGCUAAUGUUCCACAAUCAACAUGGCAUCCAUUCAACAGCGAAGGAAAUACCAACCUUUCAACAACAAAGAGAUUUCAGAAGCUCCAAAACCUAUUGAAAGUUAUUUGGUUGGAAAAUUGCUUCAGAAAGAAGUCAAAAUACACCAUGGUCAUUUUGCUGCUGAGUCAAUGAAACAAAGCUAUGCAGAUGUAUUAAGUAAAGAUAGAAAGACAGAGGCUGCAGCUUCAAGCCCAAAGCAGAGGCUGAUUGAUGACAUCUUAGCCAGGCGUAGCAUUCAGCAGUUUGAUAAAGAAAUACAAGAUAGUGACAAUGAAAGGAUACUCAAGGAAGAGGAAGACCAUAUCAAGAGAGAGCUCUGGGCGCUUCAUUUACAGAAGAAUCGUCAUGAAUUUAUUGUGGCCCCACACCCAGGCAACGACCAUGAGCUUCAGGCUCGUAUACAACAGCGAAUGGAGAGUCUACCUGCCAUGGAGGCCAGAGUAAAAAAAAUGAGAGAAGAACUUGAGAGGGAGAAAUUGGCUGAAACAACUGUACCAACCCAAACAAGUCACAUCAAAACGGUUCAUCGACUAUUCAAUGAGGUGGUGGAUGAGAUAAUGGAUGACAAUCUUUCUUUGUCAAAACGGACAGAUCACUUCACCGAGCAACACUCGUGGAAACAGAAGCAGCAGGUUGAAAGGGUGAUGGAGGAGGUCCUAACAGAUCGGGUCAUCAGCCUCAUUAUGGAGCAGAUUGUCUUGGAGUCUACUUUGGAGUUUUCAAAGGAAAUUGCUCAUGCAUUAUAUAAUGUGAACAAAAUGUGUCAAGCCUUAUCCUUUGAUGUCAUUUUAAACUCUGCUCAGGAAGCUGGCAAAAAAGACCUUGGAAAGGAUCAACCAGGAAAUCCUUCUGAAAACCUGGUCCACAUUCUGCUGCAACAGCAGAGAGACAGGCAGCGACACAGAAAAGAAACAUGGAGCCACACCCAAAAGGAGAAAUUUACAAAAGAGGCCAAGCUCUGAAAUGGACAAGCUAAUUCUGAGUGACACUGAAUCACCACAGCUAACGACAGCCAGGAUUCCAAUAAAAGUGGAUCAUCCUGUGACUUUUACAACUUUCUCAGUACUUACUGUUGCUGCCACCUCUUUGCUACAUACUGUUGGAAAUGUAUUACAUAUAACAGUCCUUGUUACCUCAUUAUUUGAGUUGUGGAGAUCUCCUAUCAGAACUUUAUAUUACUGCACACUUCAGUGUAAAUACAGUAAAUACAGUUUUACUAAAUUAACAUUUUUAUUUGAAAUGUGUGGGUAGGUGGAAUCCCCUGGCCUCAUUAUUAAAUUAUACUAUUGCUCAUUUUAGAAACAAAAAUGAAAUGCAUUCCUCUUCUUUACAUACUUUUCCUCUUUCCCAUCUUGGGCUAUGAAACCCCAAACCAGGCACCGAUGGCUGGUUUUAAAGAAAUUUAUCACUAAUCUUGGACUAACUAAAUGUUAUUUUAGGUAAAGUAACCUCAGGCUAAUCAGGGUCUGUUAAACCAGUUUAAUUACUAAGCCAAAGUGUAUAGAUAACUACAGGUAGUGGACAAAAAAAUGGAAACACCAAUCUAAAGUUACUAGGCCACUAUGGUAUCCCGUACUGUGGAGUUCUCGGCGGACCGUUUUUGAUGAAACUGGCUUCUCUCGCCCCAGGUUGAAAUCUGCAGUCAAUUGAUCUGCAGUUGCUCGCCUGUUUUGCCUUGAACUUCGAAUUAAUGCACGGAUAUCACGAUCCUGGAGUAUGCGCUUCCACCUACUGUUGCCCUUUGCUGAUGAUGUCUUUUCCUCGGAGUUCCAUGCCGACAUCACCUUAGGCACCGUUGCUUGUGAAACAUCAGUAAGUUGAGCUGUCUUGGUCACUGAAGCUCCUGCCAAACGCGCCCCAACAAUCACCCCUCUUUCAAAGUCACUGAGGCCUCCUCUUGCAGCCAUGCUAGCCAUAAUUAUAGGCAACCAGGCCUGUCCAGCAUUUUUAUACAUGACCCUAAGCAUGCUGGGAUGUUAUUUGCUUAAUUAACGCAUGAGCCACACCUGUGUGGAAGCCCUUGCUUUCAAUAUACUUGGUGCCCCUCAUUUACCCAGGUGUUUCCAUUUUUUUUGUCCACUACCUGUAGUUUAGCUGUGCCUCAUAAAGGAACCGGAAUGUCUCAACUGCUUGGCAACAGAAGUGUUAUCGUUAAGUGUUUUAAUCAAGGAUGGCAGAAUACAGUACCUGGAAUACAAAUUCAGAACCUAUAACAGUAAUGCUUUAAAAAUAGGUUAAGGUGUGUCUAGUUAACUUCAGUUGAACCUUCACGGACAAUGGUUAAGAUGCAGUCAACAUAUUGUACUCUAUGACAUGUGAUUAUCCUAAGUUUUCCCCUUUUCUAAAAUGUACCUAAACAUGUUGAAUAAAUUGGAUGUGUCUGCUUCAGAGAGGCAGCAGCCUUCGGGAGGUAAAUCUAAUAUGAACACCUAGGCAGUGUCUCUUAGAAGUAUUUUGAGAUCCUGAAAGUGAGCCUACGUCUUCCUCAAGGUUGUUCUGAGAGGGCUCAAAGCAAAAUGACCCAUUAUUUGAGUUUGUUUUUUUAUUUAUUAAAAAAAUGCCCAAAGCUAGCAAAUAUUGCCUUCAUCUCUGUUCUACUGAGUGACAUCAUCAAGCUCACACCAAAUGAAGAUUCAGAAUGUCAUCCUGAAGCAUAAACCAUGGAGGAAGCAAGCAGUGUAUAUUCAAUUGGUAUUAACAGUGGAGAAUCUAAAAGCUUAGAAUUGUUGUACUUAAAAGUCAGUGAAAUUACAUAGUUGGACCUAUUUUAAUAUUUAUACUGUGGCGGUAUUUAGCUCUGUCACUGUUUUGAUUAAUUAAAUAAGUCCCAAUGUCCCCAUGAUGACUGAGUGCAGUCAGAUCAGAGCUGCAUUUCAUGGUACUGUUUUAAUAAGAACCAGACACGAUGUAACUUACCUUACGUUUUUCUUCAGGAAAUAUACAAAGGUUUCUUUGAAGGUUGCACUUAGUUCGUUACUUACCCCCAAUCCCACAAAAAAAAAAGUCUCUGCAGGUUUGUAAGACUGCACUUCUGCACACCAUCAAGCUUGAGUUGUGUAAUUCAAAAGAGAUUCUUCUGAAAGCGUGGGUGGAAUUUUUAAAGGUUUUUAUUAGGCCUAUCAUUAUCAUCCAUUUAACCCACACUGUUCACAACGUGCAAUGUGGCUCAUUAGAAAGGAAAAUGUGCACAGGAACGUGACAAUCUAAAUCAGGGGGAUGGUUUUUUGCUAUGUAAUAUCUGGCAUGAAAGAAUCAUCUGUUGUGUUGCUGUGGGCAUCAUUAGGAAACGUGGUUGAUCUAAAAUA